CUUUCAUGGCGCGGUCGAGAUGUUUGUUUUCGUUACCAUCAUACUUGUCUUUGUGGCUUACACUAUUUCUAUUAAGUUUGUGUAUUACAGAUAUAGUCAGUUAUGGCCACACUUACGGAAUAAAAUAUCCACCCCUUCAUACACCGUUGGAAACGCGAGUUUUUGUCCAACACAAGUGAGGUCCAGCGCGUUCUCACGGAGCUCGGAGGACGAGAAGCCGCCCGUGACAGCCAGCGAGCCUCGAGCUCUGUUAGUCACUGCACAUCCAGAUGAUGAAUGCAUGUUCUUUGCACCUACAGUCUUACAACUUGUUGAAUCACACGCAGCUCUUUAUUUGUUAUGUUUGUCGACAGGCAAUUACAACAAUCAAGGACUCCAGCGCAAAAGGGAACUGCUUGACAGCUGUGCAGUUCUAGGAAUCCCAUCCAACCAUGUUACCAUCAUAGAUGACAAAGAGCUUCCAGAUGACCCAGCGGUCCAGUGGAGCACUGCACUGAUCUCCUCUCUGAUCCUCAAACACAUCCGAAACUACAGCAUAAAUGUGGUAGGAAACCUCUAGAAUGUUAUCCGUUCAGGACCACCUUAUACAAAAGACUAUGUAUGUAUGUGUACGAAUUAAACCUCCUGAAAUCCCUCUAGAGCACGUCAGAGCAGUUUGACAUGUUGUGAAGUUGAGACCAGUCAGAGGCUUAAAUCUAUGAAGGAGUAGAGUGCACUAAACAUUCUUAAGAAACAGGAAACAAGUCGGUGCUUUUUCGUACAAUGUUCCCAGAUGAUAUCUAAAAUGUUUGUUUUGGUUAUUAUUAAUAAUGUAUUGAGAAUGAAUCUGCACU